ACUCAACUCUACCUCUUACAUGCAUUUCUUCCUUUUUUGUCUUCCACACCUCUAGCCACCAAGUUCAUCUUUUAGAAAUCUUGCUUUCACAUGUGGAUUGCUAGAUAUUAUUGCACCAUAAUUACUUAUGACAUAUUUUUCAUUGCGUGAAAGAAAGAAGAAGAGGGGUUAUCUAAUAGAUACUACUAGAUAGCUUAGUACAACAUACACUUUUUUGGUGAAAGCUAUAUAAGAAGAGGUUCAGGAAAAAAAAAAAAAGUGAAGAAGAAGAAGCAGGAAGAAAGGAAGAAGGAACUAGCAACAAAGAUAGUCAUUAUGAUAAGAAGUAGUUGAAAAAAGACUCAAAAUCUUCAUUUCUUUCUUUCUCUUCUUUGUUUCAAUCUUUCUUAAUCAAUUAGUUUGUAAACUCUUUAGUGGAAGUAGUUUAUAGAUCUUUUUCAAGCUUCUCAUUUAUGAAUUGAGCACUAAUGCAUACAAAAAGAUAAUAACAACUAGAGAAUUAGGAUCUGGAGAGGUAAUUUUUCAAUUAUUAUAAAGGUUAUUGGAAGUGUCAACAUUGUUGGUCUCAAAAAGAAGAACACCAAGAAGAUUUGAUGUUAUUCUUGAUUCCUUAAUAAUCAAUAUAUAUAUAUAUACUGUAUAUAAUAAAAAUGGUUGCCCCUUUGUCAACUUGGCCAUGGGAAUACCUAGGAAGUCUCAAGUAUUUGAUAUAUGGACCUCUGCUUGCAAAACUCUACUACUCGAGGAAUUUUGAAAUGGAUGAUAAUUCAUCGUCAACAUGGUGUUUUCAUUUACUGAUUCUGUGUUCUCUUAGACCAGUUAUGUAUCAAUUCUGGUUCACUUUCUCAUAUAUGUUAUUCUUUACUCGUACGCGCCUCAUCGAUCACCGUGGCGUCGACUUCAAACAAAUCGACCGUGAAUGGAACUGGGAUAAUUUCAUAAUCCUUCAAGGAAUAAUGGCUGCAAUUGGCGGAUACAAAUUUUUCGAUGAAUAUAGUAGCCUCCCGACAUGGAAUUCAACUGGAUUUUUGAUUACAAUAUUACUUCACAUAGGAAUAUCAGAACCAUUAUAUUAUUUUCUUCACAGAUAUCUUUUCCACAAUGAUUAUUUCUUUUCUAAAUAUCAUUCAUUUCACCAUAAGUCUUCAGUGACACAGUCUUUUACAGUUGGCUCUGGUACAUUUCUGGAACAUAUCAUAUUGAGUAUGAUUAUUGUAAUCCCUGUUAUAGGACCACUUGCGUCCGGAUUCGGAUCGAAAAGUAUGAUAUUCGGGUACAUUUUAAUGUUCGAUUUCGUGAGAGGUUUCGGUCAUUGCAACGUAGAAAUCGUUCCGGGAUGGAUUUUCGAGUUAUUUCCAUUCUUACGAUACAUUCUAUACACUCCCACAUACCACAGCCUGCACCACAAGGAAAAAGAUACCAAUUUCUGUCUAUUCAUGCCACUAUUUGAUGCACUGGGAAAUACAGUAAAUAGCAAGUCCUGGGAGUUGCACAGACAAACAAGUUCAGGGUUGAAUGGGACGAAAGUGCCGGACUUUGUAUUUUUAGCUCAUGUGGUGGACGUGAGUGCUGCAAUGCACGUACCGUUUUCUUUUCGGUCAGUCAAUUCCGUGCCGUACAGGUUCAGGUUGGUUCUCUUGCCAAUCUGGCCGGUAGCCUUCACGAUGAUGCUUGUCAUGUGGGUUUUUUCGAAGACAUUCUUCGUGUCUUUCUACAACCUGAGAGGGAAAUUUCACCAAACAUGGACCGUUCCUAGAUUUGGUUUUCAGUACUUCAUACCAUCGGCAAAAGAUGGGAUCAAUAACCUAAUAGAAGAAUCAAUCCUUAGAGCUGAUAAGCUCGGAGUCAAGGUCAUCAGUCUUGCCGCAUUGAAUAAGAACGAAGCUCUUAAUGGUGGAGGUACGUUGUUCGUGAAGAAGCAUCCGGAUCUCAAAGUACGAGUCGUUCAUGGGAACACAUUAACAGCGGCUGUCAUACUUAACGAGAUCAAGAGUGAUGUGACGGAGGUUUUUCUUACUGGAGCCACAUCCAAGCUAGGAAGGGCCAUUGCUCUUUACCUUUGUCGAAAAAGAAUCCGUGUCUUGAUGUUAACUCUGUCUAAAGAAAGAUUUGAAAGCAUUCAAAGAGAAGCAGACAAGGAAUUGCAGGGUUAUUUGGUACAAGUCACCAAGUAUCAAGCAGCCCAAAAUUGUAAGACAUGGAUCGUUGGUAAAUGGAUUACUCCGAGAGAACAAAAAUGGGCACCACCAGGAACUCAUUUCCAUCAGUUUGUUGUCCCGCCGAUCUUUGCCGUGCGAAGAAACUGUACCUACAGCGCUUUAGCAGCUAUGAAACUACCUGAGGAUGUGGAAGGUUUAGGAACAUGCGAGUAUACAAUGGGAAGAGGAAUCGUACAUGCAUGUCAUGCAGGUGGAGUGGUUCAUAGUCUAGAAGGCUGGACACAUCACGAAGUGGGAGCUAUUGAUGUUGAUAGAAUUGAUUUGGUGUGGGAGGCUGCCAUGAAACAUGAUUUAAAGCCUGUUUAAUUAUUCUGAAUUUGUAUUGUUUCACUCAUACUUAUGUUUUUUCGAUCAAAUUCUUGUUUAUAAGUACAACGUAUAAAUUUCAUCAUCAAUACUUGAAAAGAUGAAAUAUGCCAUUUGUUUUUAGCAAUAUAGUGAUAAUAAUAUAUGUACGCUGAAAAUCAAUCAAUAAAAAGAAGAGAAAGAAUGCAAAUAAAAUAUUCUUUUACGGCUCUUCAUA